AGCAUGUAUAGCAAGUAUAACGCGUUAUUUUCGUGUGGGACGUGUGUGUCUGUGUAUGCACUGAUACGUACGUAUGUAUGUAUACCAUGCAUACGAUAGCCUCGCGUGCAAGAGUAACUUUUGCGGUAAUUAAAAAUGAGUGUUGAUUAUAAGCAAAUCAAAGUGCAAUAACACACUGUGGCCUGUGGUGUAGUACAUAUGUAGUUUAUUCGUAACGCGUCGUGUAAAGAUAGUCGAUUGGCAGUGGAAGUAUUUGAUCUCGAGACUAUGGAUUUUCAGUAUGAUCCUGGCUGGUUAUCUCAGUAUUCAAAGUUUUGUAAUUGCAGUUCGGAGAAUUGUCGUUGCGGCGAAGAAAACGAGCACGAAUGGGCAUGGGACGAGGAGAAUGCUCUCUACACGAAUUUAUCGGAAAACAAUUUGGAAGUGGAAUUUCAUAAUGGAUACAGUUACGGUACGGCAGCUGUAAGAGGUACCAGGAUGUUGGAGAAAGGGAGGCACCACUACUGGGAAGUCAAGAUGCUUACCUUUAUUUAUGGAACAGACGUUAUGGUCGGCGUCGGAACGAGUAAAGUGGAUUUAAAUAGUACGAAACAUGUCUUUUGUUCCUUUCUCGGACUGGACAAAGAAUCUUUUGGCUAUUCGUAUAAAGGAUACAUACAACACGGUGGUGAAAAACGCAGCUAUGGCCCUUGCUUUGGACAAGGCAGUUUGGUAGGGGUGCACUUGGACACGUGGAGGGGUACCUUAGAAUUUUUCUUAAACAGGAAACCGCUUGGUAUCGCUUUCACUGGAUUAAGGGACGUCGCACUAUACCCUAUGGUAGGCUCCACAGCUGCUCAGAGUAGGAUGAGAUUGACGCACAGUUGUUCUGCACCAGUGUCUUUACAAUUGGAUUGUCUCUCAGUAUUAAAGUCGUCCCACCGAGCAUAUUUAUCAGCAAUGUUUCCUGGAUUGCGACACCUUACUCAAAGCAUUUUUGCAGAUAUAUUAAAGACUGACGAAAACGAAGAUGACGAUGAGGAUGACGAUGACGGUGGUGUUGGCGGCGCCAGUGAAAAAGAUGAAUUUGAAUUUCAAAGGGACUAUAUGAUUUUAGAUGAGUUUGACUUCGCUCUGGUAGGCAUCAGUAGAAAGAAAAAGAAAAAGAGAAAGUCUGGUAAUUACGCUGUAGCUAAGACGAAUAUAACAUUGAAUGGUCUAUAAAACUUUGUCACGAUAUAUAACCUGGCUGAAAUGUUUGUACACCUUCCACCGUGGUUUUGUAAUAUAUUGUACAUAUAUACAGCGAUUAAAACAUUGUUAUUCAGUAAAAGUAA